UUAUAUCCUAGAUAACUUGUAGAAGAAUCAACCUAAGAUAACUUGCCUAAGAUAACUUGCCUAAUCUGAAAAUAAAAACUAAGAUAACUUGCGGGCCUAAGCCGGCCGGCCAUAACAGUUAGUUAGCCAUGGGAAAUGGUUACUGACCACUAAAUGAUUGUAGUCAAAGUCGGCAUACUGAAACUUUGUUACCAGAAAGAAACUGGCCCAAGACACAGGGACCCUCUCUUAACACUGCCCACUGCCAACUUAUCCAUCAAUAGAGAUUAAAUGAUUUGGUCUUAUCAUCUCUCUUUCUCUCUCUGCCCCUUUCUCUUUCCUUGUCUCAGCCUCCUCUCAGCUUUUAUAUAAGUCGGUAUGAGCAUUCACCAGGGAACAAGCCAACUUUCCUUCUCCACUCUACCCUCUGCCAACAAGCAACAACAGGUGGUACUCCUCUCCCCCGAAGAAACCACCAAGCUUUCCAUCACACACCCAUCGGGGAGAUUCAGGCACAGGGCCUAGUCCAACAAUGGCAGACUUCUCCUCAGUCCACCACCACUCUCUCCUCAAGAUGCCUGCGGCCUUCACCACCAAUGACACCUCCACCCCGAACAUCUCGAGCUUCUUGCUUUACAACCAAACCAGCCAUGGCCAAUCUCCAGCGCCAGCAAAUGCAUGUGCGACCAUGGUGGAGGAUGCCUCGCGGGAGAGCUCCUCUGCAGUUCUCGACAAUGCCUCUCUACAGGCCAGUGCAUCUGUGGACAGGAAGAGGAAAGCCACAGAUGACAGCACCACACUUAGCUCUGCUCACUCCAAGGACUGCAAGGAUGGCAAGAGUAGGAGGAAGAGGGAGAAGAGCAGCACCGAGCAGGACCAGGAGGAGGCGCCCAAGGGAUACAUCCAUGUGAGGGCAAGGAGAGGGCAGGCAACAGAUAGCCACAGUCUUGCAGAGAGGGUGAGGAGGGAGAGGAUCAGUGAGAGGAUGAGGUUGCUGCAAACACUGGUCCCUGGCUGUGACAAGGUCACUGGAAAGGCACUCGUUUUGGAUGAGAUCAUCAAUUAUGUGCAGUCCCUGCAGAACCAAGUUGAGUUCCUGUCCAUGAGGAUUGCUUCCAUGAGCCCAGUGUUGUAUGGAUUUGGACUGGACAGUGAUGGCCUCCAUGACCAGGCACAAAUUGGAGGCAUGUUCCAGCAGGAAGCCCUUGCAGUGCCUGCCCCAGCUCUGAACCAAGCUAGCCCAGCUGCAUCUCAAACCAUGAUGGACACCACAUCCUACUCACUGCAAGGCCAGGGGGGCAUCUCUUUCUCUCAGUCCCAGUCUCAGGACAGUGGCAGUUACCUGAUGCAAUCAGUGGGAGAGCAAAGACAGGAACUGCUCAAUCAAUUGGUGUUCAGCAACAUGUGCUCCUUCCAGUAGGGGAAGAGAAAGAGAGAAAGCAAACCCAUAUUGACAAUAGGCGCGGGAAUAAUGCUGCAAGAUAGGUAGGAGCAGCAGAUGAGUUUGAGAUGUUGGAUCUAGUGAUCCAUCCCCUUAUCUGGAUGCGGCAGUCUACAGCAAGUAGAGUUUGCAUGCUAUGCUACACAUUUUCAGAGACCUAUAAUAUCUGUAGCAAGCAGCACCUCAAUUAGGCAUUGUCUAUGGAUAUUUAUUACUGUACCUCAAUGGAUUCACUGUCAUAACCAUAAAAAUAUUUUUUAGUCGACUUUUGAGAGAUCAGUUGUUAAUAUAAAAGGGAGCUCUUUGCACUGUUCAAACA